UGUACAAAGGUCAGUCCACAUAACGAGCUGUUUCAGAUCUCUUGGUCAGCAGUAUGGGUCGGCUUGAUGGGAAAAUCAUACUGGUGUCUGCAGCAGCACAGGGGAUUGGACGAGCAGCUGCUAUAGCUUUUGCUAAAGAAGGAGCUAAAGUUAUUGCUACAGACAUCAAUGAGUCUAAGCUGCAAGGACUGGUGACGUAUCCAGGCAUUCAAAUACGGGUUCUGGAUGUCACCAAAAGGGAGCAGAUAGAAAAUCUGGCCAAGGAGAUUGAAAGGGUUGAUGUCCUCUGUAACAUUGCAGGGUUUGUUCAUCAUGGAACAAUUCUGGAGUGUGAAGAGCGAGACUGGAACUUCACUAUGAACCUCAAUGUUCGCAGCAUGUAUCUAAUGAUCAAGACAUUCCUUCCCAAGAUGCUUAAACAGAAAUCUGGAAAUAUUAUAAAUAUGUCUUCUGUGGCAUCCAGCAUUAAAGGAGUUGUGAACAGAUGCGUAUAUAGUACUUCAAAGGCAGCGGUUAUUGGUCUAACAAAGUCUGUGGCUGCUGAUUUCAUAGAACAAGGCAUCAGGUGCAACUGCAUAUGUCCUGGAACUGUUGACACACCAUCCUUACAGCAAAGAAUCAAAGCCUGGCCUAACCCAGAACAAGCAUUGAAAGACUUUCUAGCCAGACAGAAGACUGGUAGGAUGGCUACUGCUGAAGAAGUGGCCCAUCUCUUUGUGUACUUGGCCUCUGAUGAAUCUGCCUACAUGACUGGUAAUGAACUAAUCAUCGAUGGAGGAUGGAGCUUGUGAUUGACCCUACCUGCAAAUGGAAAUUCAUCCUAUGAAAAGCUAAAAGUGAGAAUCAUCUUUCUCAGUUAAGAUAGCUUGCAAAGAUUUAGUUCACUCAUAUGAUGUCUUUCAAAACAAAUUUGGUGCAUUUUUACUGCUAUAUCAUCUCUUUCUAUA